GGAAGUGGUGGUGGGGUUUAAUGCAGUCGGAAUCCUAUUGGCUGAAAAUCUGACGUUAUACGUGCGUAAGGCGCUUCCUCAACCUGGGUGCACAGUCGCAGAGAAAAUGUUGGUCCUGGUGCUAGGCGACCUGCACAUUCCCCAUCGGUGCAACACGCUGCCAGCCAAGUUUAAGAAGCUGUUGGUCCCAGGGAAGAUCCAGCACAUUCUUUGCACGGGCAACCUUUGCACCAAGGAGAGCUACGACUACCUGAAGACCCUCGCUGGAGACGUCCACAUCGUUCGAGGAGACUUUGACGAGAACCUGAACUACCCAGAGCAGAAGGUGGUCACAGUGGGCCAGUUUAAGAUCGGUCUCAUUCACGGUCACCAGGUGGUCCCCUGGGGCGACAUGGCCAGCCUGGCACUGCUUCAGAGACAGCUGGAUGUCGACAUUCUCAUCUCUGGGCACACACACAAGUUUGAAGCAUUUGAGAAUGAAAACAAGUUCUACAUCAACCCAGGUUCUGCAACUGGAGCCUACAGUCCACUGGAAAGAAACAUUAUCCCCUCUUUUGUUUUAAUGGACAUUCAGGCGUCCACAGUGGUGACAUACGUCUAUCAGCUGAUCGGAGACGAUGUCAAGGUGGAGAGAAUCGAGUACAAGAAGUCCUGAAAUGUCUGAGGAGAAAGGAGAUUUAAGAAAAUGAGGCUGUUUCGUUCUUUUCCACCAGAGAGCAGCAGCUCCACAGUGCUGAUGCUGUAAGAAACCCUAAGCCUAACCUAACUCACAAGACCUGUGUAUUAUGUUUAAAAGUGAGCAGUGUCUGUCUGUAUGCCAGCUGUCAUUAGAGAAUAAAAAUGUCACAUUUUGCUACCAUAAGGUGUACUUGGUGCCAUUUUUCUCUAUUUGUGCUCAUUCUUUUGUGGUUGUUUUUUGAACACGUGACCAACUGGACUUUAGUUUCCUGUAAUCUGCCUUCAUUUAGUUUGACAAUAAAAUAUAAUUUCCCUCUAA